ACUCUUAACCCAUUUUUACCCGCUGUCCACGCUGCCUGGUUCCGUCCUGCUUGCUUCUCUCUCGACUUGCAGGAGAAGAAAAACCAUACGAACGAGCAAAUCUGUUCUUAGCGAAAUCCAGAAAUCAUCAGCCCGCUUCUCCGAUUCCAGCUUUAACGAUGGCGCUGAGAGGUGACUGGGUUUACGAGAACAACGGAGGUACAUGCGUGGCGAUCGCCGGAACCGAUUACUGUGUGGUGGCCGCAGACACCCGUCUUUCCGUCGGAUACAGUAUAUACACACGCGACUACUCUAAGAUCUGCAAGCUAGCCGACAAAUGUGUAUUGGCAUCUUCUGGAUUCCAGGGAGAUAUGAAAGCCCUGCAGAAGAAUUUGGCUGCAAAGCACCUUAUAUAUCAACAUCAACACAAUAAACAAAUGAGCUGUCCUGCAAUGGCUCGGCUUCUUUCAAAUACUCUUUACUACAAAAGGUUCUUCCCUUACUAUACAUUCAAUAUUCUAGGUGGGCUGGACAAUGAAGGGAAAGGUUGUGUUUAUUCAUAUGAUGCUGUUGGAUCCUAUGAGAGGGUGGGGUACAGUUGCCAAGGAACUGGUGGAACCCUUAUAAUGCCAGUUUUAGACAACCAGCUGAAGUCCCCUAGUCCUUUGUUAUUACCUGCUAGGGAUGCUGUGACGCCACUCUCUGAAUCUGAGGCAGUUGAUCUAGUCAAAGAUGUUUUUGCAUCAGCUACAGAAAGAGAUAUAUACACUGGAGAUAAGCUAGAAAUUAUCAUUGUUAAUGCAACGGGUAUCCGACAGGAGUUUAUUGAACUGAGGAAGGAUUAGAAAACCAGAGGUGCAGAUCUGCUGGAAAU